AAAAGAAAGUCUUUCUUCCUAUCACUAUCACACCUUCUUCAGAAUAUUUUCAUGCUUUUUCGCGGCUAACUUACAGCAACUCUAUUCAAACUACAGUUUUAGUCAUACAUAACUCAUAUAUCUAUUCAAAGCGACCAACAUGUUGAACGUUUACCCAAUACAGUUGUCUCAAACACCUGAAUUCCGUAUUCAACUUGAAGAUGAUGAAGUUUGUCUACAUGGUAUGCCAGAGGAAUCGGCGGGUGUCAUCCUACGAGGCAGCAUUCUAUUGAACUGUCAUGAACCCUUGAAAGUCAAAUCAAUCACAAUGAAACUUAUCGGUGUAACAAACGUCGAUUGGGUUGAAGGUUCGGGAUCUCAUCAACGACGCUUCAGAGAAGAACAUAAAGUUAUCGAGAAAGAAUACACAUUUUUAAAACUGCAAAAGAAACCAUACCACCUAAGUUCAGGCCAAUACAAAUGGGAUUUUCAGGUACCGUUGCCAGGUACUCUACCAGAAACAAUCCAUCAUGAAAUGGGCCAGGUGUCCUAUAGAUUGAAAGCUUAUUGUGAAAGGCCCAAAUUUUAUACGAAUUAUGUCGAUAAGAAAACGAUCAAAGUGAAAAGAAUUGCUUUGCCAUCAUCUUCAAUGGAAAUGUCUCAGUCGGUUAUUAUUUCCAACAUUUGGACAGAUAAAGUCGGUUAUGAUAUUAGCUUACCCAGUAAAGUAUUCUGCACGAACAAGUCCAUACCUAUCUCAUUUGAUUUGGUUCCUAUUGCCCCAGAUCUUCGGGUCAAUUGGAUUACAUGCGUACUGAAAGAAUACGUUACCUGUACAACUACCUCUGGCUCUACACCAGCGCUAUUAUCUUCGUCAACUUCACCAUCAAGUCUUUCCCACAGUAAAACGGAAGGCCGAAUUAUUAAUUACAUAAGAGAUGAUCAUGUUACUAUAGAUGAGACAACGGGACAGAUAAGCAGAACCGAACUUCUUCGUGUACCAGACGAAGACUCGAGUGAGGUGAAUUACGACAUGUGCAGUGACUUAAUCCAAGUGAAGCACAAGCUUAAAUUUACCGUUUCUUUAUUGAAUGCAGAUGGCCACCUUUCUGAAUUAAGAGCAGCUAUUCCAGUCGUUAUAGCUCCUUUACUUCCUGAAGAUGAAAACGUUCUUCCCGCUUACGAGGAUAUAUGGCGAUCUAUCCCCUGCAAUCCUGAAUUAUUUGCGCAGAUGAUUGCUCUCAAUGGAAUAUCUGCACCUCCACUUUCAACAUCACCAUUAUCACAGUCACCACAACUUGUCGCGUCCGACUCAAGCUCGACAUUAUCUUCAUUAUCAUCGGUCAACUCCUCGUCUGCAAUCAGUAGCAGUAAUAAUAAUAGUAACCGUCAUGACGGCAGUUCCUUUUCAGAAGACGACCUUUUAAUUAUGCCUCCUGCUACCGCUUUCCCAUCUGCUGGAUUGAUGGGCUUGGAUCUUUCACGUUGUCCUUCUUAUAGUACAGCUUUGCGCACAGGCGCACCUUCUUGUGCAUUAUUAUCAUCUCUUCCAUCUUAUGAGUCCACUAUAGCGGCAUAGACUUACAAUUCACAUCGUAAGAUGACUUUCCAUCUUUGUCAAAUAUUUAUAUCCUGAUUCGAUUCUCUGUACAUAGCCUAAUGUAAUAUGUAUAUAAGAUAUACAUAUAUACGUUUAUCUCAGUUGAAAGUAUAUCCUAUUGCCAUCCCUGUAACUUUUAAUUUUACUUGUAUUUUUAACUGUACUAUAUCUUUUUCGCUUGGAAAUAAAAGAAGCGUCAAUUUUUAAAAA